UAUAAAUUAUGAAUGCCGUGCUUGGAAAAACCUACACAAAUAAUUCACAGAAGAAGUUAACAUGGAGAGAAUUAUUCAUGAGAAUAAGAAGAUGAUAAAGGUUAAGAGGGGCUGGGUAGCAGUGAAAGUAGGUGCAGAAGAUGAAGAGUUUGAGAGAUUCACAAUUCCAAUAUCAUACCUAAGCCAUCCAUAUUUCAAGGCGUUUCUUGAAAAAGCUCACGAGGUUUAUGGGUACAACGGCGUGGGCCCACUAAAGCUUCCGUGCUCCGUCGACGAUUUCCACCAUCUCCGGUGGCAAAUAGAGAAGGAGUGUAAUGGGUACCACCACCAUUUCCAUCAGCACCACCACCUCUACCACCGUGCAGGAGCCCUCUCCUUCCGUUCUUGCUAGCUUUUUACGUUUUUUUUAUUUUUUCACAAAACUCUGUAAAUUUAAUGUAAGAGUAUGUUUUCUUCGGCUAUUGCAAAGUAGUACUUACUAUAUAUGUAAAUUGUAUUCAGAUUUAAUGUGAGAAACUUUUUGAAACCCUUCUA